UGUGAAGCAAUAACAGUAGCUGAAUACCCUAGAUUAGAAGUAAAAAUAUAAAAAUAGCAUUAUUUGAUUUGAGAGAGAAAUAAAACAUCAAAGGUUUAGUGUAUAAGCGGUACAGAUUACCAGUUCCCAUAUAAAUCCUCUAGUGGUCUGGUUGUCAGAUCACACCAAGCUACACCAAAUACUCAGCGCAAAGUCGAAAAAUACCCACGUAGUAAGGAUUAAAUCAAGCUUAAAUGAAUCCUUUGUGGUUUUCAAGGCCUCCUAUAAGCCGAAACGCGCUUCAAUUGGCAGGAAAAAGGCUUUCUACUGGAGUGUUUUGUCGCUCAUCCUUUUUACUACAAAAGUCAGUAUUGAAUCGCACGUACUUCGGAAAAUCCUCCUUAUCCCAAAAAAGAGUUCCUUUUGAUUUUACGUUUCCCAGACCAUCAUGUUUCGGUUCCUUAAACAAAGGUCGGUUUAUAGCAACGGACGCUCACUUAGAAACGAGUAAGAAAUUCGUCAAGACCGACAAUAUUCCUAGUAAAAAGGUUGCUUUUUGGCUUCUUGGAUCUUCAGCAUUAGUACUUGCUAUUGUUGUUGUUGGUGGCAUAACUCGUCUUACAGAAUCUGGAUUGAGUAUUACUGAAUGGAAACCAGUAAGUGGAGUUAUUCCACCUUUAACAUCCGAACAAUGGGAUCAGGAGUUUGAGCUUUACAAACAGUCACCAGAGUUUCAAAAGUUGAAUAGCCGUAUGACAGUGGAUGAGUUCAAGCACAUCUUCUUUUGGGAAUGGUUUCAUAGAGUGUUAGGACGAGGUAUAGGAUUACUGAUAGCAGUUCCUUCUUUCUAUAUGUUGGCUAGAGGAAAAUCUUCUCCGUGGUUAAAAAGACGACUCCUUGGAUUAACCGGUUUGGUUGCUUUACAAGGUGUCAUUGGCUGGUGGAUGGUAAAGAGUGGAUUAAGCAAACAAUUGCUAGAAGAUGGCUCUCAUCCACGUGUCAGUCAUUACCGCUUGGCUACUCACCUAGCAGCUGCGGUAGCUCUUUACAUUGGAUUGGUUUGGACAGGCCACGGCAUUCUACAGCGUCACGCCUUUUUGAAAUCUUUGAAAAAUGGAACAUUUUCAUCUAUUAAUAAUAUGGUGACUAGUGUAAAAUCCAUGAAAGGAUUAAGAUUGGGUGCUUCUUCCCUUGUUGGUCUUAUUCUCACUACUUUAUUGUCUGGAGCUCUCGUAGCUGGUUUAGAUGCUGGUAUGAUUUAUUGUACUUUCCCCGCUAUGGGUGAAGGUCGUUUAGCUCCACCCAAAGAAGAGCUAUUUGAUGUACGCUAUUCUCGUAAGGAUGAUCACUCGGAUUUGUACUGGCGUAAUAUGUUGGAUAAUCCUAGUCUUGUUCAAUUGCAGCAUCGUGCGUUAGCUGUUACUACUUUUUUAACCGCCUGUGGUAUCUUUUUGUAUGUUCAAUUGAAGAAGCGAACUCUACCAAAGAAGAUUAGUACCAGUGUUUCAAUCGCUACGGGUGCGUUAACUGCUCAGGCUGGUUUGGGAAUUUUAACACUUAUCCAUGUUGUUCCGGUUCCUUUGGCUGUUUUGCAUCAAGCUGGUAGUCUCGUUGCACUGACUGCUGCUUUAUCGAUGGUUCAGCGUUUAUACCCAGAAUUUGCAUUUCGUAAUGUUCGAAGCUGGGCAAAUCCGGUUUCUUCAUCUCCUUCUUCCACGAAACCAGUUACAAAUGCUUUGAAUCAAAAGAGAACGUUCCACUCUUUUCCUGUACUUCGUCAUUCAGCCUCUCAAAAGCCCGCUCCCGGUACGGGAAUUAAAGUUUAUUUUGUGACGCCUGAAGGACGUGAAGUCCUUAUUGAAGGAAAUGAAGGUGAUAGCAUAUUGGACUUGGCACACAGUAACAAUAUUGAUUUGGAGGGUGCUUGUGAAGGAUCCGUUGCGUGCUCCACUUGUCAUGUCGUAGUUGAUCCUGAACAUUAUGAGCUUUUGGAAGCACCCGAAGAAGACGAAGAAGAUAUGCUGGAUCUUGCAUUUGGUCUGGAAGAAACCAGUCGGCUUGGAUGUCAAGUUAUUUUACGCAAAGAUUUGGAUGGGAUACGAGUCCGUAUCCCAUCCCAAACUAGAAACAUCCGACUUGAAAGAACAAAAUAAUUGAUACAUUUUUCAUUCCCUUAUUAGAUCUUUACUUUUGGGUCCUAAUAUUUGCUAUCCCCUCUGCCUGAAUGAAGCUGUACAAAAGACUAAAGAUAAACAAAAAAACCCCAUUUACUUUUCCUUUAAUAAUUUUUGUCUUCGAUAUAUUCAUGUCUUCCUAUGAAUUGCCUUAUGCCAUGGUUUUCGUUUCAAAGCAUGAAAACUCGACAACAUGUCCCUUCUUACCUUCACAUAUAGUAAAGUUUGUUUCUAGUCUAGCAUAAUACUUUUUAUUUUGGUUCGAUUACUCUAAUAGCAGUAAAUUUACAAAUAAUUCCCUGAACAUCAAGUAAAUACAGAAAAAGCUUAGCUAUGGAAGAAAUCACCAAUUGUCCUAGCAAUUGAAUAACAUACAUGAAAUAAACUAUCACUUUUCUGCAAGAA